CCAAUCACUCGCCCACUGUUUCCCACCUAUAUCAAUCACCGGACCCAAUCAAUCAAUCAAUCCAAGAUGAGUGAUGGUAAAAGUAGCAGCAGUGCUGCUGCAGCAAUCGACUAUCAAGAAAUCCACGACGUUCUCGUCCAAAUCGCCUUGCAAGCGGGCGAGAUGAUCACUUCUGCCCAACCUGCCGUUUCGGGACACGGCACGAAGAAGGAUAAUAGCGCGGAUUUGGUGACGGAGACGGAUCAGGCUGUCGAGAAGAUGAUUAUGGAGGAGUUGGGGAGAAAGUAUCCUGGUUUUGAAUUCAUGGGCGAAGAAACCUACCAACCCGGCGACAUUCUCUCCUCCACUCCCACCUUCAUCAUCGACCCGAUCGAUGGCACAACCAAUUUCUUCCACGGAUGGCCCUACGUCGCCGUGUCUCUCGGCCUCGCAGUCGACAAAAAGCCCGUCGUCGGAGUCGUCUAUAAUCCUUUUACUCAAACUCUCUAUUCGGGAAUUACAGGCAGAGGAGCAUAUAUGACUACUCGACCUUGGUCUAGUAAUAGUAAUAAUAAUAAUAGCAAAGAAGAAAAAGAAGGAAGAGAAAAACAAACCCGU